GGUUUAUUUUCAUCGCGCCAACUGGAGCCCGCAUUUUGGUUUUGGGGAGCGGGGAAGUAUGUUGCUCUUGUUGACCUCGCCGACACGAGCUGUAUCGUUCGGCUACGUCGGUAGAUAUAGAUAUAUGGUCUCUUCUGAUGCGGCAAGUCUUAUGGACGGGGGCCGAUCCUCGUGUUUGUUCUUCUCGUUCGUUGGUCAGUUGACUGAUUGAUCGAUACGUUGGUGGAGUGAUUGGUGUUGAUUGCUGUGGUGUUUCGGUUAGCGCUGGAGACGCGAGCGUGGCAGUGAGGAGGAAGGCGGGGGGGGGGGUGGGUAGGCGGGAGGAGGAGUGGCGCGAAAGGCGCAAGUGAGAGUGGACUUGAGCAGGCGAAGAUGCUGGACCAUUUUAGCAUCUUCACUAGGGGUGGGCUGGUCCUAUGGACGUUCCAAAUCUCGGGCUUGAAAGGGAGCCCCAUCGACGCUUUGAUCCGCUCCUGCUUGUUGGAGGAGCGAUCAGGCGAGACUUCGUUUCAUUAUGGCCACGAAAACGCGUCUUAUACAUUGAAAUGGACCUUUCACAAUGAGCUGGGCUUGGUCUUCGUGGCGGUUUAUCAGCGUUUCUUGCAGUUACUUUACGCAGACGAAUUACUCGCAAGAGUCCGGGAUGAAUUCGCGGGAAUAUAUCGAGAGAAGAAAUAUGCGUAUCCGAAAUUCGACGCUGUGUACGAACAGUUGGUGCAAGAAGCGGAGGCGAAGGCGGAAGAGAUGAAGAAGAUGAAGCAAGCCCAAGGAGGGGGUUUUGAGAGAAAGAAACAGGUGGGCGGAGGGGGAAGUGCGGGGGGCAGAGGGGGACAAGCAGGCGGAAAGAGCGGGAAAGGAGGGAAAGGCGGUGGUGGAGAGAAGCGGGGAAGCGGGGACGAUCAGGAUGACGAUGGGGAUGGGAAAGCGAUUGGGGAGGCGAGUGAAGGGAGCGCACUUUUGAAGCACCAACAGUCGGCGGGGGCAACUGCCGCCUCGGGGGGGAAAGGGACAUCGGCGCCCGCAAACGGAGGCGGUGCAGGCGCUGCCAUCGUGCGCGCGCCUUCUGCCGCUAACGGCAAGUCGUCGUCGGCUUUCGACCUCUCCAAGCUGCGUCAGCGGAAAAGUAAAUCGGUGGCCACUGGGGGGGGCGGGUCUUCAGCGUCUUUGGUGGGGGUACUGAGUAAGAAGGCAAGCGUGAAAGGAGGGCCCGAGGCAGCCACCGGCAAAAGAGUGAAGUCCAUGCGGAAGUGGGAUGAUGAUUCCGCUGUAGGAAAGAUUGAUUUCAGCGAUUCUGCGGAUAUGGAAGCCAGCGUGAAAGCGCUGGAUGUCAAGAAGGAGGUGUCGAGCGGGAUGGAUGUGGAGGAGGAAAUAGGUGCCGAGAGCGAAGAGGAGGAGGAGGAGUGGGGCUCCGAGGAAGAAGAAGAAGAAAGCGGGAAAGGGAUCGCUGCAUCUAUCCGUGACCAAGCGGGUAAUGGCUCGGCUUAUCGUAACGGCACGAGCAAUGGCCACGCGGCUAAUGCAGUGAAGAAAGGCUGGUUCUCGUCUGUAUUCUCCAGUGUUGCAGGGAAGGCGGCACUGGACAAGAGCGAUGUGGAGCCUGCCCUUAAAGCCCUGAAGGAGCGUCUUAUGACAAAGAAUGUGGCAGAAGAGAUAGCGGAGAAGCUGUGUGAAUCUGUUUCUGCGAGUCUUCUUGGGCGAAAGCAUGGGUCUUUUACUCGGAUUUCUUCGACAGUGCAGGUUGCCAUGGAGGAAGCACUGACAAGGAUAUUGACACCCAAGCGAUCCAUAGACAUCCUUCGAGAUGUGCACGCAGCGAAGGAGCAGGGACGCCCAUAUGUGAUCGUGUUUGUGGGGGUGAAUGGAGUAGGGAAAUCUACAAACCUCGCCAAGGUAGCUUAUUGGCUUUUGCAGCACGAUGCCAGUGUGAUGCUUGCUGCAUGUGAUACUUUUCGUUCUGGAGCUGUGGAGCAGCUGCGGACGCAUGCCCGUCGCCUGCAGGUUGAGCUGUUUGAGAGGGGGUAUGAGAAGGACCCCGCAGUUGUUGCGAAUGACGCAAUACGUGCGGCGGUGAGAAAUAAAACAGAUGUAGUUCUUGUGGACACUGCAGGGAGAAUGCAGGAUAAUGAGCCAUUGAUGCGAGCGCUCUCCAAGCUCAUCAACCUCAAUGGACCUGAUUUGGUGCUUUUUGUUGGGGAGGCACUGGUCGGAAAUGAUGCUGUUGACCAACUUUCUAAAUUCAACCAGAGGCUAGCGGACCUCUCUACAUCUGCGAAUCCACAGCUUAUUGACGGCAUUCUUCUAACGAAGUUUGAUACCAUCGAUGACAAGGUUGGAGCAGCAUUGUCAAUGGUGUAUACGUCCGGCGCCCCUAUAAUGUUCGUUGGGUGCGGGCAGACGUACACGGACUUGAAGAAGCUGAACGUGAAGCAGAUUGUUCGGUCUCUGCUCAAGUAAUGCUGGGCAUCGGCUGCCGGAAAUUUGCAGGAGCUAUGAGGCAGGUGCCAGUAUGGGAGGAGAAGGCACACACAAAGGCAACUGCUAUGACUUCCUCCGUGUCUCGGUCUUGUGGGGUAUCUCAUGCUGGCCCCCCUCUCCUUGUGGUUUGUUGGACGAUACUCCGCUGGGUGCGCAACUCUUGCAAAACUGGCUUUCGUGAACCAUAACCGUUCUCGUAUGAGAUACGGCUGAGCUUUGUGUGAAGUGUACGUAUGGAGUUCCCUUGCCGCUUGAUAGGAGUACAUCUGCAACCCUUUCUGGUCCUUGCCCUUUGUUGCCAUUCCCCGGAUGCAAAAGAUGGUCUAUUCCAAAAGUUUGGCUUGCAGCAUGACAGAGUAGUGGUGUUGCUUGUUGUAUGGAAGUAUAUGCCUGAACUUUCUGCCGCUUCCACUUCCUCUUUGACAUCCCUGGUGUCGCUGAGGAUGCUCAUGAUGUAUCACACUCUUUCGAAAUUGAAAGUGAAAGCUUUGUUCACACUGUAUCUUAAGGAUACAGUGAACCCCAUCUGCCUGGACCUUUGGUACAUUUUUGUGUCUAAAGACUCUAGAGUCUAAACGAUACACGGAUCAUCAUGUGUUACGCUCGUUGUGUCUAAAUGAUGCAGUGAUCCCCAUGUGCGUGGACCUCUAUUAUUUUGCAACUUUGCGUCUGUAUUUCAUGUGAACUCCCUUCGUGCUUCCCCACAAUGCAAAGCUCUGGCAGGCCAUCUAUGGCUUGGCACUUGUCCUAGAAAGGUUGCAUUUGUCCUGUAAAGGAUAGCAUUUGUGUGUCUUGUAAAGGGGGUCGUAUUUGUCCUGUAAUAUAAAGGGUCGAGCUGCCGUGUGCAUUCAACGACGGAAAUGCGGUCUCCAUUUUUUUCACUGGCAAUGUUCUAGCUUUUCGUGGCUGUUAUCUGUGAGUGUGUUUUUCUGGUGCAUGUUUGGGGGGGUCGGCACUGGGCAAGUCUCUUGGCUUGGCUCAUCAGCCAACAGCCAGGCCAGGUGGAUGCGCCAUGGGAGGUGUUGACACUGUGGGCAAGAGAAAGCUGUUCGGAGCCACAAUGGGUAGAGUAACUGUGAGCAGUGAGCAAAGGCUGGUAUAAGUGGAUUAAUCGAAGGUCUCAUUGAAAAUUUUCAGGCAAUGGACACAUCGGUUGGGGGGAAGAGGGUGGUAUUAUCAGCUGGCGUAAUCGUCCAGAAAAGAGUCAGGGCUCAUGGAUGUUUGCGAGGGGCCUGUUUUGGCGAGACACACAAGCAGAUCACUGUUGUUGGGGCCAUUGAGAUCGGUAGCACUGAACAGAGAGUUACUUCCAAGGACAAACUUGGUAUCUAGCAAUGCGGCAAUUUGCACGAGAAGU